AUGAAACUUGACGGACAAGUCGCCAUCGUAACUGGCGCUGCUGCCCAGAACGGAAUUGGCUUCCUGACUGCGUUACUAUUCGCUAAAAACGGAGCCACUGUCAUCAUCACCGAUAUUGAUACCCAGGAAGGCAAUGCCGCACAGGCGAGACUUGAACGAGAGUUUGGAGCCGGAAGAGCUCUGUUCAUUCGCUGUGACGUAACCUUGGAGCACGAGCUUGGUGCUGUCUUUGUGGAGACUGUUACGCGAUACAAGAGGCUCGAUAUUGUCAUUAACAAUGCUGGAAUUGGGGGAGGUUUCGGCCCCGAAGUUCCAUUCUCCAUCGUGAAGCGAUGCAUUGACAUAAACACCACCGCCGUGUUACUUGGAACGCAAUUGGCUAUUACUUUUGCCAAGCAGCUUGGAAAGCCUAUUUGUGUCGUAUCAACCGCAUCCAUCGCUGGUCUAUACCCUUAUACAUCUCCUUCAUACGCAGCCUCAAAGUGGGCUGUAGUUGGAAUGACUGCGUCACUUCCGGUAUGGGCACAAGGCCAAGCUGAUUUAGGCAAUCCACUUCCAAAAGGAAUGCGUUUCAAUUGCGUAUGUCCAGGAGCAAUUCCAACAAACCUGACACACCCAACUAAAAAACCAGCUGGUCUUGAUGCUGAAGUGUUUAACGAUUUAAAGAAGAGGGUUGUAGUUCACCUUGAGGGUAUUAACAAGGGCUGGGUCCCGGCUUCACGUAUCGCCGACAUGUUUUUGAUUGCAGUCACCGACGAGUCGCUGAAUGGUGCUGCCAUAGAAAUGAUGGAUGCACAUACCAACGAGCCCACCAUCUACCGUAACUAUGUACAUGUUACUGGGUCUGCUAAGGGAUCGUUGUUUGAAAGUGCGAGAUUGCCAAAGAGAUCCACGAGAGAUGGGGCUGCCACUUCUGUAGAGACGGUAGCUUGGAUCGUCAAGCUGUCUCUGUCUAGGACCUGCUGGACCUUGGCCAGAGAUGCAAAGUCUAUGAAAUCAAGCCUUAAAUUUGAAGAUUCGCAACGAGCCAGCAUUCCUGUACGGGCACAAGUCGGUAAGAAACAAGACACGUUGAGACAAACGCUCUCUCUGCUUUAUGACAUGAUUCUUUAUGAACUCGAGGGUAUUAACAAGGGCUGGGUCCAGGCCUCACGCAUCCCCGACAUGUUUUGGCUUGCAGUCAUUGACGAGUCGCCGAAUGGUGCAGCCAUAGAAAGGAUGGACGCACAGACCAAGGAGCCGACCGUGUACCGUAAUGAUAUGCGUAAGGCAGUCAGGACGUAUGCUGCUGUUCCAUUACAUCCCGAAUGGAAGGAACUAGUCAAAAAGGAACUCAAGGGCAAAGACCCAGAACAGACAUUAACAUGGCAUACUGCUGAAGGUAUCGACGUUAAGCCGCUCUACACAAAGGCCGACAUUGAAGGCCUCGUUGACGAAAUACCCGGAAAAUUCCCAUACACGAGAGGACCUUAUGCCUCCAUGUAUACAUUCAGGCCAUGGACUGUUCGACAGUACGCUGGAUUCAGUACCGUCGAAGAAAGUAACAAGUUUUACAGAAAGAACUUGGCUGCUGGUCAACAAGGUCUCAGUGUUGCCUUUGAUUUGGCUACUCACAGAGGAUACGACAGUGACCAUCCACGUGUUGUGGGUGAUGUGGGUAUGGCUGGUGUCGCCAUCGACACUGUUGAAGAUAUGAAGCGACUAUUUGAAGGAAUACCACUCAACAAAAUGUCAGUAUCCAUGACCAUGAACGGAGCUGUACUUCCGAUUCUCUCCAUGUACAUUGUCGCUGGUGAAGAACAGGGUGCCAAACAAGCCGAACUAUCAGGAACUAUUCAAAACGAUAUUUUAAAAGAAUUCAUGGUCAGAAAUACGUUUAUCUAUCCUCCACACCCAUCCAUGCGACUCAUUGGUGACAUUUUCGAGUACACUGCCAAGAACAUGCCCAAAUACAACUCCAUCUCUAUUUCUGGAUACCACAUUCAAGAAGCUGGUGCUGAUAAUGCCUUGGAACUGGCAUUCACGUUGGCUGACGGCAUUGAAUAUGUGAAUACUGGUCUCAAAGCCGGUAUGACUGUGGACGAAUUCGCUCCUCGAUUAUCGUUCUUCUUUGGUAUUGGAAUGAACUUUUACAUGGAAAUCGCCAAACUGAGAGCUGCUCGUCGAUUAUGGGCUACACUGAUUAAGGAGAAAUUCAACCCUAAAUCAUCCAAGUCGCUCCUUUUGAGAACGCAUUGUCAGACGUCGGGAUGGUCUUUGACUGAACAGGAUCCUUAUAAUAACGUCAUUCGUACCACGAUUGAAGCUAUGGCUGCCACUCUGGGUGGUACGCAAAGUCUUCACACAAACGCUUUCGAUGAAGCUAUUGGACUACCUACCGAAACUAGUGCUCGAAUUGCUAGAAAUACUCAACUUGUUCUUCAAAAUGAAGCUAUGAUUCCCAAGGUUGCUGAUCCAUGGGCCGGCAGUUACAUGAUGGAGUCUCUUACAAAUGCUCUCUGUGACAAGGCCAUGGAAAUCAUAAAAGAAGUCGAAUCAUUAGGUGGUAUGGCUGCAGCCGUAGAUACCGGUAUGCCAAAGCUCCGUAUUGAAGAAGCUGCUGCAAGGAGACAGGCUCGUAUUGAUUCUGGACAAGAGGUGAUUGUGGGUGUAAACAAGUUCAGAAUGGAGGUUGAGGAUCGAAUCGAUGUAUUGGCUAUUGACAAUACUGUUGUGCGAACUGCUCAGGUUGAGAAGAUUAGGAAGGUGAAGGCAGACCGUGACUCCGCUAAGGCUGAAGCUACACUAAAUGCCUUGACCGAAUGUGCUAAAGGUGGCGCGGGUAAUCUUCUAGCUUUAUCUAUUGAGGCUUCACGGGCAAGAUGCACACUCGGUGAAAUAUCCAUGGCAUUAGAAAAAGUAUGGGGACGUCACAACCCUGUAGUCCGAGUAGUCAGUGGAGCAUACAAGUCCGAGUACGGAGACAGUACUGAGAUUACUGAGACGUUGUCAUCUGUUGAUAAAUUCAUUGAAAAGCAAGGUCGAAGACCACGUAUCCUGGUCGCCAAGAUGGGACAAGAUGGGCAUGAUCGCGGUGCCAAGGUUAUUGCAUCUGGAUUCGCUGAUCUUGGAUUUGACGUUGAUAUUGGACCAUUAUUCCAAACACCAGCUGAAGUAGCACGACAAGCUAUAGAUGCUGAUGUUCACGUUAUUGGUGUUUCGUCUCAAGCUGCUGGACACAAGACACUAGUGCCAGCCUUGAUUGCUGAACUGAAUAAGAUUGGCGCUGGCGACAAGAUUGUAGUUGUUGGAGGAGUUAUUCCUCAGCAGGAUUACGAUUUCUUGUACAAGGCUGGAGUUGCUAGUAUCUUUGGACCUGGCACCAAGAUACCUCUCGCUGCUCGUGAAGUCAUAGACAAGAUAUCCGCUGCAAUCGCGGCUUAA